UAUAUUUUCUCUGAAUUUUUUCUAGUUAGCCUGCAUGCAGCUAUAUAUGAACUCUUUGCCUAAUGAACCGUUCUGGGCUAGAGUUUAUGAAGUUCAUCAGGGCAUUACGUGAAAUACAAAAAAAAAAUUGAAUUUAGUGCUAUUGAUUUUUUGAUAUGUUUCAUUGUAAUUGUUGUUGCUGCAGACCUAUAUCGUCUAUAUGGGUGAUCGUCCCAAUGGGGAAAUCUCUGCAGCAAGGCUUCACAGUAACAUCCUAGAGGAAGUUCUUGGCAGUGGUGGUUCAAACUCAUUGCUCCACAGCUACCAAAGGAGCUUCAAUGGAUUUGCUGCCAAGUUGACGGAGGAUGAGGCAAACAAAUUGGCCAGCAUGGAAGGAGUUGUGUCUGUGUUCCCUAGUCAAAAGAAGCAGCUUCACACAACAAGGUCAUGGGAUUUCAUGGGCUUCUCCCAAAAUGUUAAAAGAACAAGUCUUGAAAGCGAUAUCAUUAUUGGAAUGCUAGACACUGGAAUUUGGCCAGAAUCUGAAAGUUUUAAUGAUGAAAGAUUUGGUCCACCACCAGAAAAAUGGAAGGGCACCUGCCAAGAGUCAUCAAAUUUCACCUGCAACAAUAAAAUCAUUGGAGCUCGAUACUAUAGGGCUGAUGGAAACUUUGGUCGAAACGAUAUCCAGUCACCAAGAGAUUCAGAAGGACAUGGGAGUCACACAUCAUCCAUAGCAGCUGGUGCCUUAAACAGCAGGGCAAGCUUGUUUGGCCUGGCCUCAGGGACAGCUAGAGGAGGUGUUCCCUCGGCUCGAAUUGCUGUCUACAAGAUAUGCUGGUCUGAUGGUUGCCCUGACGAAGACAUUCUUGCAGCAUUUGAUGAUGCAAUUGCUGAUGGAGUUGACAUAAUCUCUCUUUCAGUCGGAGGGGUCUUUGCGGUGGAUUAUUUCGAUGAUACCAUUGCUAUUGGGGCUUUCCAUUCAAUGAAGAAUGGAAUUCUCACAUCAAACUCUGCUGGUAACUCGGGCCCGGCUCUUUCAACAGUCGCAAACGUUUCACCUUGGUCCCUCUCAGUGGGUGCUAGUACUAUAGACAGAAAGUUUGUCACUAAGGUGAUGCUGGGUAAUGGUAAAAUUUAUGAGGGAAUAUCUAUAAAUACUAUUGAACUCAAAGACAAAUUGUAUCCUCUCAUAUAUGGAGGAGAUGCCCCAAAUACUACAGAAGGAUAUGAUAGCUCCCAAUCCAGGUAUUGCUUUGAAGACUCACUGGAUAAGACUUUAGUGGCAGGAAAAAUUGUUCUUUGUGAUGAUGUAAGUGAUGGGGAAGGUGCAAUUGCUGCAGGAGCUGUUGGUGCUAUAAUGCAGGAUUACCUGGAUUCUGCCUUCAAUUUUCCCUUACCUGUUUCUUGCUUGGGCUUCAAUGAUUCAAGUGAAGUUUGGAGCUACUUGAACUCAACAAGAAAACCAACAGCAACAAUGUUUAAAAGUACUGGAGAAACGGAUGAACUGGCCCCAUAUGUAAUUUCAUUUUCAUCAAGGGGGCCUAACCCUAUUACAAUGGACAUUCUCAAGCCUGACUUAAUCGCACCUGGAGUUGACAUUUUGGCAGCCUGGUCUCAAGGUACAACUGUAACAGGAUCUGAAGGGGACAAUAGAGUAGUUCCAUACAAUAUACUCUCUGGCACAUCCAUGUCUUGCCCACAUGCGACUGCUGCAGCAGCCUACGUCAAGUCAUUUAAUCCAACAUGGUCACCUGCUGCUAUUAAGUCUGCUCUAAUGACUACAGGUAUUACUGUUCCAUUGAAUGUUGAGACCAACACUGAUGCUGAGUUUGCAUUCGGGUCAGGUCAUCUACUUCCUUCGUCAGCACUUAAUCCUGGAUUGGUUUAUGAUGCUGGGGAGAUUGAUUACAUUAAAUUUUUGUGUGGGCAAGGAUAUAGCAAUAAAGUUCUUAGACUUGUUACUGGAGAUCGAAGCAGCUGCUCUGAAUCAACAAAUGGAACUGCAUGGGAUCUGAAUUACCCUUCUUUUGCUUUAUUGGCCAGCCCUGGAAACUCUACCAAGAGAAUCUUUCACAGGAUAGUAACAAAUGUUGGAUCAGCUGUUUCUACUUAUAAGGCCAUCGUGAGGGCUCCUUCAGGACUUGAAAUCCAAGUUCAACCAAAUGUUCUUUCAUUCAAGUCUCUUGGACAGAAGGCAUCCUUCGUUGUAACAGUUACAGCAAAGGUGGCAACUGACAACAUUGUUUCUGGUUCUUUGAUUUGGAGUGAUGGUAUGCAUCAAGUGGGAAGCCCCGUUGUUGCAUUUGCUUUCGCAGAAGAAUGAUCAAAGAACAAUAUCAAAUGGUUUCAGGUAAAUUCUACCAAAAACUCCGGAGUUCGAUUAUCAACACCUGCAAAUCUAUCUUUUCGAAUUUUGUUCUUGGCUUUAGCCAUUUAUGUAACAAGAAACAAUAUCAAAUCAAAUUGGGAUCAAAAUAUGGAAUAAAAAUUAGAAACAUGGAAUUCCUUGCAUCCAAUCAAUGGCAGUUUUUUGAAUUUUGACACAUUUUUUUGGGUAUAAAAGACUAAUGGAACAAGUAUAUGGUUUACAUUGACAUUGAACUAUAGGACUUG